CUUUUCCUAUCGCACCAAGAGUGAGCCAUUGUGUGCAGUGUGUGAAUAUCACAUUACAUAUUCCGUAGCAUUUUAUAAAGUCGUAUCCCUCCACCCGCCAGUCUUCAGAGCACAAUUGAUCGAAGACAAAGUAUGCCAAAACUUUCUUCUUAUUCCCCAUCUCCGUCACAUACUUUGCUUUCACACUCUGCAUCUCCGUAUAUCAUCUGGCGGCUUUCCUGACAUUCAUUCCCAAAUAGUGUACCGCGCGGCGGAGUCAAAUUAUUAUGGUGCCGGCGGUCCGGCCGGAUGAGAUUCUGCCGUCGGGAUCUUCCAUUGAACUUUCCGAUGCCCAGAAGCAGGGGAUCUCUGCUAGGGUUCCUGUUUCGGAUAUUUGCUCUGCAAGUAAUGAGAUUCGUGGAUACCUCACUGCGCCGACACGGGUACUACACUACAACAACAAGUUUGAAAAACAUAGGAUACGGAAGCUGAUUGGUACUCCUCCUAACAGAGAGACCACAUCAUAUCCAGUAACAGGAGGAGAAGAGAAUGGUGCAGAGUGUUUAUCAGUGAUGCCUAACGAAGUCCAAACACGCCCUAGACAGAACAAGGAAAGAAGGAAAAUUUCUAUCUUGCCCCUUGUUUUCAUCAUUUUCUAUGAAGUAUCAGGUGGACCAUUUGGUGUUGAGGAUAGUGUGGGUGCAGCUGGUCCCCUUCUUGCCCUCAUUGGUUUAUUAGUGUUCCCAAUUAUAUGGAGUGUUCCUGAAGCAUUGAUCACCGCCGAGAUGGGCACAAUGUUCCCCGAAAACGGUGGUUAUGUGGUUUGGGUUUCAUCUGCAUUCGGCCCAUACUGGGGUUUCCAGCAAGGAUGGAUGAAAUGGCUAAGUGGAGUCAUUGAUAACGCGCUUUAUCCUGUCUUGUUCCUUGAUUAUCUAAAAUCCGAUAUCCCUGCACUUGGUUCCGGUUUACCCAGAAUUGUAGCGGUCUUGGUUUUGACUUCCAUCCUCACUUACGUUACGUAUCGCGGUCUAACCAUUGUCGGAUUCUUCGCGGUUCUACUCGGAAUCUUCUCCGUCCUUCCAUUUCUAGUAAUGGGACUGAUUUCGAUCCCGAAAGUGCAGCCUAAGAGAUGGUUAGUAGCAGAUAUCCAUAAUGUGGACUGGAACUUGUAUCUCAACACGCUCUUUUGGAACCUCAACUAUUGGGACUCGAUAAGCACGUUGGCGGGAGAAGUGGAAAACCCUAAGAAAACCCUACCACGCGCUCUUCUUUACGCGUUGGUUUUGGUUGUCCUCUCCUACUUCCUCCCUAUCUUAACCGCCACUGGAGCGAUCCCGCUCCAGCGCGACAAGUGGAGCGACGGGUACUUCUCCGACGUAGCUAAGAUUCUGGGAGGGGUCUGGCUAAGGUAUUGGAUUGAAGGGGCUGCUGCUGUGUCAAACCUCGGGAUGUUUGUCACGGAGAUGAGUAGUGACUCGUUCCAACUCCUCGGGAUGGCAGAGAGAGGAAUGAUUCCCGCGUUUUUCGCGAGGAAAUCCCCGCACGGGACCCCGCUGAUCGGGAUCCUCUUCUCGGCAACGGGCGUCGUCUUACUUUCGUGGCUCAGCUUUCAAGAGAUCAUUGCAGCAGAGAACUUCCUGUACUGCUUUGGAAUGGUUUUAGAGUUCGCUGCGUUCAUUCGGCUGAGGAUAAAGCGGCCCGACAGUGUUUCACCACGUCCGUACAAGAUACCGGUCGGUACGGUUGGAGCUGUCCUGCUGUGCGUGCCGCCCACGGUGCUCAUAGGCGUUGUGUUGGCGUUUUCUUCUCUUAAAGUUGCGGUUAUUAGCCUUGUCGCGGUGGGGAUUGGGCUAGUAAUGGAACCUUGUUUGAAGCAUAUUGAGAAAAAGAAGAUGAAUUGGUUGAAGUUCUCAACUAAUGUGGACCUUCCUGAUAUUCAUCAUACUUCAGUAGCACGCCAAGACACUACUGCUUCAUCGGUAUGAAUGCGCGCAGCUUCUUGUUUUUGGAGGGGAAGGCUUUAAUUUGGAGGAUUAAAUGUGUGAAUCUUGUUGGUCUUGUAUAUUUGAGACUUUAUAACAAGUGAAAGAAUGAUAUAAUAUGGGAUAGUUAGAUAUUUCACAUAGUUUUUUAUGGUUUUGUUAUUAUGUAAUCUCAGUCAGAGAUUACAUGACUACAAAAGGCACAUACAUUAUUUUCAUGUAAUUUCUUGUUGGGUAGAAGCCAAACAUGGCAAAAUAAUGAUAUGCCAAUUAUGUUUAGACAAAAAAAUGUAUAAGAGUUUUAUAAAACAUCUA